UUGAUUUCCCCAAAUUCCGCUCCUGCGCAUUUUCCACUCACCGAUCGGUAGCUGCAGAGCCCUCCGCCACGAUCAAGCGCCGCCGCCGCCGCCGCCGCCGAGAUGACUAAACUUAAAACGACAACUUCCUCAGCUUCCACUUCUACCAAAACUAACGGGAAAAUUGGUGCGCUGGUGAAUCAUGGUGAGACCAAGAGGAAGGCUGGAAAGAAGAAGGCGCGAAAAAUUGUAUCGAGAAUUGACGCCAUGAAACCUAAGAAACCUCCACCGGCUUUCUUCUAUUUCCUGCAGGAUUUUCGUAAGGAAUACCAAGAGAUGAAUCCUGAUAUCAAGUCAAUGCGUCAUAUCGGGAAAGCGUGUGGGGAGAAGUGGAAUACAAUGACAUAUGAGGAAAAGGUGAAGUACUAUGAUAUCGCCACUGAAAAACGAGCAGAGUUUGAUACGGCUAUGGUAAAAUUCACUAAAAUAAAGGAAAGAGGGGAAUUUGAUGAAGAUGAGUUGGACCUUGAUGACGAUUCGGAUUUUGAUGGAUGAAACUGCUACAAUAGGGUACAAUGCUCAACUGUAGAUGCCACUCUCUCGACUCUGUUUCUUGUAUCCGUAUCUGUAUAAUUUUUUGUGCAGUAAACUCGAUUAGUUUUAGGGAUAUCACAGUCUGGAGUAUUCAAUUAAAUUUAAAUGGUCUUCUUACCCUAAAUGUACAAGCGCACGCGACUGUGAUUGCAGACAUGUUAAACCUUGCUGUCUAUUGCAUGAUUCAAGUGGUGAGAGUUGCCAUUGUGUA